UCCUUACCUAAUUUCACAUAGCCUUACCUAACUCGAACACCUAUCCAACACCUAACACCUAACUGGUUGGGUGUUAACACUCUGUCCAGUCUGGCAGAGGGCUAGGUAAGAUUAUGUUUGGUCAGGGCAGUUUGCCCCUCAGUGGAUCAAUAGCUACAAAAGCUGCUGCACUAAAAAGUAACAUGUUAUUUUCAGAUUCAGGCAACUCACCUGUUCAACUAACCUGUCGGGGUUCCCUACCUGAUGGGCACAGCCAUAUGGAAUAGUCCAGGAAGGAAGGAGGGAGGGAACCUGCAAACAGAUACAUGGAAAGGGUCAAAAUUCUCCCUAAAAAUGCUGUAGAUCUCAGCUUCAGUAAUGCUGAUUCAACUGCAAUGGCUUGAUUAGAGCUAAUUUAACAAUUCUUACAGCAGAAUUCAACAUGGAAUUUGAAUGUUUGAUAUGCAGCACUACCUGUAAGCUCCGCAAAGGUAAAACAGUGCCAAAUGAGCUGCAAAAAUGGCAGGAAGAAUGUCCCAAAAGGAUGGACUCAGAUGGACUCACAUGGAUCUUUGAUCUCGACAUCAAAUGUCUGGACCGGGAGCGGUGCGUCUGCCGCACCUGCUGCGACCUGCUCAGCGACCUGGAGGGCUACGAGGCGCUGGCGCGCGGGGUGCGGGCCGAGCUGCUGCAGCGCCACCAGGCCGGCCGGGCGCACCAGCCGCUACCAGCCGACGACGAUGAGCCGAUGGAGGAGGAGGUGGAGCCUCCCGCCCCGGAGCCGCGCCGCAGCGGCCGGAGGAGCGGCGUCCACCCCACGCCCUCCGACCCGGCGCCGGAGUCGGCCCGGCCCUCCUCAUGCCACAGUGACGUCGUUCCGCUCGGAGACACACCAGUAAAGACCGAGGAGCCGGACGCUGCGGCUGACGUGACCCCGACCCCCGUCAGGACGGCCAGGAGAGGUCGGCCGCGGGGCAGAGGUAGAGGCAGAGGCAGAGGUAGAGGUAGAGGCAGAGGCGGAGGCGGAGGGCGUGGCAGAGGGAGGUUGGUGGGACUGCUGGGAGUAGUGGGAGUACCGGCGGUACCACCGGCGCCGGCGCCGGCCAGGGGGAGGGGAGUCAGAGGCAGGAGGGCAGCAGCGGCGGCGGCGGCCGCCGCGGCCGCGGCCGAGGCUGUGGGGCCGAGGGGCAGGAGAGCGGCGGCGGCGGCGGCGGCGCAGCGGCUCAGCGCCGAGUCUCAGAGCGGCAGCGAGAGUGACGCCGAGUCGGCGGCGAGCGGCGGCCUCUCGGCGCCGGAGAUGGACGCCAGUGACAGUGACGACGUGGUCUCGGUGCGGGGCGCGGCCGUGAAGCCGGCAGAGCACGUGGAGGUGGUGCUGGACACCUCUGUGGACGGGGACGGCGCGGCCGGGGCUGACGGCGCGGCGGAGGACAGCGGCGCAGCGGCGGACGGCGUCCCCUCCCCCGCCGCCGUCGAUAUGGAUGACGGCGGAGCCACCUCCGAUGACGGCGGAGCCACCUCCGAUGACGGUGGCAGGUCCGAUGACGACCGGGACUUUGACUACGACCCGAGUCCCGCCAAGCGGCUGCAGGCGGAGCGCGCGGUGCGAGCGGCGCGGGCGGCGCGCAGGACGGCCGCCCCGGCCCCGGCGCCGGACUCCAGUAAAAGGAAGUACCGGCGGCACGGCAUCUUCUGCGCUCACUGCGGCCUGGACUUUCAGACGCGCACGGCGCUCAACAAGCACGAGCGCCGCCUGCACCGCGACGUGGCCGCCGUGAACGGGUGCGCCAUCUGUCCGAAAAAGUUCAAAAGCCGCAGCUCGCUCGUCUCCCACCAGCGGAUAGUGCACGGCGAGGGCCAGAAGUGCGACCACUGCGACGUCGUGUUCCGCGGCUUCAUCGAAUAUUACCGUCAUCUGUCGAGCGUCCACGAUAUUAAGACAUUUGUGUGCGACCUCUGCGGCGCUGGGUUCGCCAAGCGCGUGCUGCUCAACAAACACCAGAAAAAGGAGGCCAGGGAAAUCAAACUUCAGCAGCGGCUGGAGCGGCUGCGCAGGCUCAAGUGCUCGGUGUGCGACUACCGGCCGCUGAUGACACAGGCGCACCGCGCCAAGACCGUCUACACGAUGAUCCGCGACCACGAGUACCGGGCGCACGGCCUGCACGCCACCGUGGGGCCGGACCCGGUUGCGGCUGCCAUCAGUGACAGCGGCGUGGCCGCCGAGCCGCCGGCAGCGGCCGCCGGCCAGUCGGCGCCGGCCGCCGUCGAGGACUUCAUCACAGUGACGGCCAGCGGCGAGGUGACGACGCCGGCCGUGCCCGAGCAGCGCUUCCCCUGCAAACAGUGUGGCAAGGUGUUCGGCUGCCGGUUCGCCCUGAAGAAACACCAAUACGUUCACAAGGAGAAGGUGGUGCCCACCGAGCCGCCGACUAUGGUGGUGUGUGAGCUCUGCGGCAAGGAGGUCAGCAGCAACUACCUCAAGAUGCACCAGGAGGUCGUGCACAAGGUCGGAGACAAGCCGCGCUACACGUGCAAGUACUGCGGGAAGCAGUACCACAAGACGGAGAAGGACCACUACAUCUCCCACGUGCAGCAGAAGCACCUGCUGCACGAGUUCCCCUGCACGGAGCCGGGCUGCGGCCGCACGUUCAGGCACGAGCGUGGUCUGCGCCGGCACGUGCACGCCAUCCACGAGUUGGCGUACGUGUGCGGCACGUGUCCGGAGCGGUUCGGCUCGCUGUGGAAGCGGGACAAGCACCGCGCAGAGGAGCACGGACAGUACGACUUUAUCUGCAGCGAGUGCGGGCUCAAGUUCUUCCGGCGUGCCGAGCUGGAGAUCCACGAGCGGCGCGUGCACACGCUGCUGCUCAAGUACAAGUGCUCCGUGUGCAGCAUCCGCAGCGAGGAGCGGCGCAAGCUGCUCAACCACGAGCAUACGCAGCACGGUCUGCACGCGGCGCCGCUGCCCGAGAACAACCCGGAGGGGCUGCCGGCCUACCCGUGCCCGGACGUCGACUGCUUGCUGGUGUUCGGCUGCGGCCUAGCCGUUAAACAACACGCCGGCGAGGUGCACCAGAUAAGGCUGGACAUUUAUGGCAAGCCCAAAGUGCCCCUAAGAAAGCGAGUCGUCGCCAACAAAGCGCCGCCGCAGCCGGUGGACGUGUCGCUGGUGGCGCCGGGGCGGCAGCGGCCGGCCGGCCCUGCCGGCCCCGGCUCCUCUCAGUCUCUUCAGCUGGCCGGCCCGGCUGCUCCCGGCCCGGCCGCCCCGGGCACCUCUCUCCUGCGAGCUGUCCCCGCGGCCCACGGCGCCUCUCUGCAGCCGGCUGUCCCUGCCGGUCCCGGCCCCUCCGUCCCUGCGGCCCCGGGCACCUCUCUCCUGCGAGCUGUCCCCGCGGCCCACGGCGCCUCUCUGCAGCCGGCUGUCUCCUCGGCCCCGGGCCCCUCCGUCCCCGCGGCCCACGGCGCCUCUCUGCAGGCUGCCGGCCCGGGCCCCUCGCUGCAGCCGCCGGCUGCCCACUCGGACGUCUUUACCCACCUGCUGCACCGCGCGAUGAGCGCCGAGGCCGGCGGCGGCCUGCAGCAGCAGUACGGCGCGGGCCCGGGCGCGCUGAACCCGUUCAUGCAGCGGCCGCCCGCCGCCGAGAUGGGGCUGCCGCUGCUGCAGAGACCGGCGGGUCACGGCGUGUUCGGCUCCAUGCUGCAGUGAGCGGCGGCGGUGCAGUGAGCUGUGGGCCGUCUGGGGACCGGCUGUAGGACAGUGGAGGGCGGGGUGCGGGGGUGGUAGCGGCCCUGUGGUGUAACGAGAUCGGCCAGAGAGGGAUAUAACCGGAGCGGCUGAUGACGCCGUCUGGUGGUCUCAGGUGAUGGGAGUCCCUCGUGUCCUCCACAGUGAGAAGUUCAGUAUUAUUUCCGGUUACAGUUACGUUAAAGGUGCGUUAUGUGAAGCGAUAUCCGUAGAGCGCCUAGAAAUCUGUAUAUAGGUGAAAAAGUCAUCCUUCCACACAUUUAUGUGAGAGGGUUGUUUCGAAUGCUGUUCAAAAGUGUAAUGAACGAUAGAACAAUUGAUUGCCCCUUCAAGGUUGAUGAUUCUCGCUCACUUUAGUUGCUCAUAUGAUGCGUACGUUUACUUUCACCAAUAUCUGUUUACUUUCGCUUUUCUCAGUAGUCAUUUUCAGUUUGUUUCCGCAAUGUACCUUUGGUGCUGUUUCAUCCAGGUCACUGAAACGUUUCCAAUAUGUGUGAAUAUUCGAACUGACCAUGGAGUACUGAGUGUCCCCCUCCCAGGACUCCGUGGUGUGCGAGCUGCCACGCUGUCGUGCGUUGACGAAACUCUGCGCCUGUGACACUCGUUUCUCUGUGUCUCUGUGAGAGCAGUGUGCAGCUACCUGGGCGUCUGUGGGCGGCACGAGAUUAGUUGAUAUUACCGCCAGCGCCGGUAGAACGUUCUCGGAAUGGUUAUAGUGCCCCCUCACCGGGUACCGCCACGUGUGGAGAAGUUCAGCUGGGUUCGUCCAGGUGCACUCAGCGCCGAGUAGUGUGUCGUGGGAACCGUCAACUGCCAGCUGUGUUGGACACAGACCAUUCGUAAUGUGAUGGGACGUGGGUUUCUCCCGGAGUUAAACCACGCCGGGCUGUAGGUAAUGUGUCUUCUUUUCGCUGUUUUGUUUUCUGUGCUGCCAUGAGCCUCCUUUUUGCGCAUUAUUUUCAUGUCAUAUCGACACAAGAGAAUUAGGCUCGUUGGUUUUGCCUGAAGUAAUCACUUGUUUGUAUUCGCCUGUCAUCUGUUCGCUUCCUCUGUUCUAAUCAUGUGUUGCAAUUGCCUUUUGGGUCGCAUGAAAUAUAACAUCGAUCCACAG